CCGACAGAUUAGUGAAUAUGGAGUAGGUGGUGGGCUGUAUUCAAUCAAAGGCGAAGGGCGUGUCAAAAUCUUGAAUAUAUUUUUAAGCAUUUUCUACUAGUAGAGGUAGUAGAUUCUCUGUUCAUGAAUACACUCUUCUACACACAGCAUCUCAUGAAUGUGAAAUCUGCUUGCCUGGAUAAGUUCCCCUUUUUAUGGUUAUGGGGAAAAAUUGACAAGUCUAGCCUGACUAUGGUUAAAUUGUCGACCCUAAUGGGUUUUGAACUAUAUGUAUGUGUAUUUAGAGAGGCAUUUGUGAAACGAGUGUUUGUGGUUAAAGCAUGUGUAAAGUCGGUUAUUGUGGGGAGCCAUAGAAGCGCAAUGUUUUCUUCAGGGUGCCUUGGAUAUAUUUUGCUUGUGUAGUAGGUUUCUGUGGUUUCUCUGCAGAUUUGAAGUGGGUUUUGAAGGGGGGUGGGGGCGAUUGUUGAGCUAGAGGCUUGAAAUGCCAUAGAAAAUCAGGUCUUUUUCCAGUUGUUUACGUAUGGUACUGCUUUCUAGUUUUUGUGUCGAAGUUUGUGCUUUGGCCAUAGAAUGUCAGUGAAAUCUGAGGUUGUUUCAGUUAAGGUUUGAGAAUUUGUGCUUGUUUGCAGUAGGCUUCUGUACUUUUUGUGUGCAGCUAUGAAGUGUGUCUAGUUAGAAGACGUUGUUGCUGGUUUUGGUUUUUUAAUCAUUAUAGGAUAAAUAAAGUGAAAAAAAUAAUCAGCUUUUAGAAACGGAUUCACAAUGGGUUUCUGCAGAAACUUAUUUAUCUUUGCUGCCAUGUUUGUUUUGCUGUGGGGAUUUGGGCUGGGGGAGAGUUGGACCUAUAUAGUUAGAGUUGAAGAGGAGUCCAAGCCAUCAGUCUUUAUCUCUCACGAGAACUGGUACAAAGCCAAAGUGGCUACUGUGAAAGGAUUGAUUGCAAAAGAAACUGAAAAUGAAGAGAGCCUUGCAGCUGUUCAAGAUGACAUCUUGAUUCAUGUUUACAAGACUGUGUUCCAUGGGUUCUCAGCCAAACUCACUAAAGAGGAAGCCGAGGAGCUUGAUAAAUCCCAUGGGGUUUUAGCUGUGAUCCCUGAUAAAGCCAGGCAGAUUCAUACAACAAGAUCACCACAGUUUCUAGGCCUGAAACCUACUGCAGGAUUGUGGCCUGAAUCAGACUAUGGGUCUGAUUUGGUGGUGGGUGUUCUGGACACUGGAAUAUGGCCCGAGAGGAAGAGUUUCAGUGAUCAUGGACUUGGGCCUAUUCCUAAGCAUUGGAAAGGUGAAUGUGAAGAGGCCGCAGGGUUUUCUAAGUCACUUUGUAAUAGGAAAUUGGUUGGUGCGAGGUUUUUCCCCAAGGGAUAUGAAGCCAUGGGUGGGGGGAUGAACACUUCUGUCGAAUUUAGGUCUCCUAGGGAUUCGGAUGGCCAUGGUACUCAUACUGCAUCUACUGCCACUGGAAGGUAUGUUUAUAAAGCCAACAUGCUUGGUUAUGCUAAUGGGAUUGCGAAAGGGAUGGCACCCAAAGCCCGGCUAGCAACGUAUAAGGUAUGCUGGAUGUCUGGUUGUUAUGAUUCUGAUAUACUUUCUGCAUUUGAUACUGCUGUUGAAGAUGGUGUGGAUGUGAUUUCGCUAUCUGUGGGUGGUGGGGUCGUACCAUAUUAUCUUGAUAGUAUUGCAAUGGGUGCCUUUGGAGCUAUGGAGAGGGGUGUGUUUGUAUCUACUUCUGCAGGCAAUGAGGGUCCUGGGGAGUUGUCUGUCACCAAUCUGUCGCCAUGGGUGACAACAGUUGGAGCAGGAACUUUAGACAGAGAUUUUCCCGCAGAAAUCAGAUUGGGUAAUGGGAAAGACGUUAAGGGAGUGUCCUUGUACAGUGGAAAGGCAUUGGGGUCUAAUUUAAUCCCCUUGAUUUAUGCAGGGGACAUCUCUGUGGGGAAUGGUAGAGAUAGUUACUCAUCUUCUCUUUGCAUGGAAGGGUCUCUGGACCCCAAGAUGGUGAAAGGGAAAAUUGUUGUGUGUGAUAGAGGAAAUAAUCCCCGAGUUGCUAAAGGGGCUGAAGUAAAACGGGCUGGAGGAGUUGGAAUGAUCCUUGCAAACAGUGAAUCAGAUGGUGAAGGGCUGGUCGCGGAUGCUCAUGUAUUGCCUACAAGUGCGGUUGGGGCUAAAGAAGCGGAGCUUAUCAGGAAAUAUAUUGCUACUACCAAAAUGCCAACUGGUACAAUCAAAUUCUUGGGAACUGUUUUGGGCAUUCAGCCUGCUCCUGUUGUAGCAUCCUUUUCUGCAAGAGGGCCAAAUCCAGAGACUCCAGAGAUUCUGAAGCCUGAUGUAAUUGCCCCUGGUGUCAAUAUCCUUGCAGGAUGGACUGGUGCAGUUGGUCCUUCUGGCCUUGAAAAAGACAGGAGGCGGACUCAAUUCAACAUAAUUUCUGGAACUUCCAUGGCUUGUCCCCAUGUGAGUGGGGUUGCAGCUCUUCUCAAAGGGGCACACCCAAAGUGGAGUCCUGCAGAAGUAAGAUCGGCUUUGAUGACUACUGCUUAUACUCAAGACAACAGAGGCCACAGAAUGCUUGAUGAAGCCACAGGCAAUGCAUCCACACCAUUCGAUUUCGGUUCAGGCCAUGUGCACCCUGAGAGAGCUAUGAAUCCAGGUCUCGUCUAUGAUUUGGGUGUCAAGGACUAUGUCAACUUCUUGUGUAGUCUUAAUUAUUCUGGGAAAGCUAUUCAGGUCAUCACCCGGAAGCCUGUCCACUGCCCUGCUCAAAGAGUGAGUCCUGGUAAUCUUAAUUAUCCUUCGUUCUCUGCAAUUUUUGAUAUGACCCAACCCAAGAAGCACUCAACUGUCUUAUUUAGAACAGUCACGAAUGUUGGUCCUCCAAAUUCUACCUAUAGAGUCAAUGUGAUUCCUCCGAGAGGAGGUGUCACCAUUACUGUAAAGCCAAAGAAGCUUGUUUUCACUAGGGAAAACCAGAAACUAAGCUACACUGUGUCAGUAACCACAAAGCAUGUGCAUCUUCUCCCUGGAAAUUCUGACAACCACUUUGGCUUCCUCUCAUGGACAGAUGGGGUGCAUGUUGUGCAGAGCCCAAUAGCCGUAACUAGGAUGAUGCCUUACUAGACUUGUUUGUGUCUGAAUCCUGAAUUUCCUGCAUGUUUUUAGGGUAGUUUUCCUGCCUGUGUUGCUGGUAUAGUUGAUGAGAUGAAACGUUGAAGCAUUUACUCAGUCAGGGUUUUUUUUGUAUAAAAAAAGAAAACAAAUAUAGAAGCUGGUGCAGACUGCAUAUUAGAUAAGUUAUUCUAGUUUUUGUAAUCAGCUGUGUAGUAUUUUGUGGUUUGCAGAGUCACCUAAGUGGUUAAGAGCACAGUAAUUCAAAUUUGGAUAAAGGUGGUUCCGACUUAUGGAUGAGCAGUUUUAAUAUAGGAUGAUAUGGAUCCAUGGAUCCUCUGAGUGCAGUGCAGUGUUCAGUAUAUCUUUUAAGGUAAAAGCUCGAAUAAUUAUCAUUAUACAAUGAUACAUUAUGUAAUAAUGGGAAGUUUGAAAGGGAAGAAACCUUAAAAAGCAUGUAUUAUUUCUUAAUACAUGAGCAAUCUUUGCAGAGCA